CUUUAGCAACUCGAGACGUUGCUUACACUGUGGCAGUCCUCUCUGCCCAGUUUACCUCAAUACCGAACAAUGCAGCUCCUCAACCAGCGUCAGGCCCUGCGCCUGGGCCGCUCUUCUGCUAGCAAGAACCAGCAGGUUGCUCCUCUGGCCUCUCGCCCUGCGUCUUCCUUGAGCGUCAGCGCCUCGAGCGUCGCGCCGGCGCCUGCUUGCAGUGCUCCCGCGGGCGCAGGUCGCCGCGCUGUUGUCGUGCGCGCUUCAGCUACCAAGGAGAAGGUGGAGGAGCUGACCAUCCAGCCCGUGAAGAAGAUCGCGGGCACUGUGAAACUGCCCGGCUCGAAGUCUCUGUCGAACCGCAUCCUGCUGCUGGCGGCCCUUUCGGAGGGCACCACGCUAGUGAAGAACCUGCUGGACAGCGAUGACAUCCGCUACAUGGUGGGCGCGCUGAAGGCGCUGAACGUCAAGCUUGAGGAGAACUGGGAGGCGGGCGAGAUGGUGGUGCACGGCUGCGGCGGCCGCUUCGACAGCGCCGGCGCCGAGCUGUUCCUGGGCAACGCCGGCACGGCCAUGCGCCCGCUCACGGCAGCGGUGGUGGCGGCCGGCCGCGGCAAGUUCGUGCUGGACGGUGUUGCCCGCAUGCGCGAGCGGCCCAUUGAGGACCUGGUGGACGGGCUGGUGCAGCUGGGCGUGGACGCCAAGUGCACCAUGGGCACUGGCUGCCCGCCCGUGGAGGUCAACAGCAAGGGGCUGCCCACCGGCAAGGUGUACCUGUCCGGCAAGGUGUCCAGCCAGUACCUGACGGCGCUGCUCAUGGCGGCGCCGCUGGCGGUGCCGGGCGGCGCGGGCGGCGACGCUAUCGAGAUCAUCAUCAAGGACGAGCUGGUGUCGCAGCCGUAUGUGGACAUGACCGUCAAGCUCAUGGAGCGGUUCGGGGUGGUGGUGGAGCGGCUCAACGGCCUGCAGCACCUGCGGAUCCCCGCCGGCCAGACGUACAAGACCCCUGGAGAGGCGUACGUGGAGGGCGACGCCUCCUCUGCCUCCUACUUCCUGGCGGGCGCCACAAUCACCGGCGGCACCGUCACCGUGGAGGGCUGCGGCAGCGACAGCCUGCAGGGAGACGUGCGCUUCGCCGAGGUCAUGGGUCUGCUGGGCGCCAAGGUGGAGUGGUCGCCUUACUCCAUCACCAUCACCGGCCCCUCCGCCUUCGGCAAGCCCAUCACCGGCAUCGACCACGACUGCAACGACAUCCCGGACGCCGCCAUGACACUGGCCGUGGCCGCGCUGUUCGCCGACCGCCCCACCGCCAUCCGCAACGUGUACAACUGGCGUGUGAAGGAGACGGAGCGCAUGGUGGCCAUUGUGACGGAGCUGCGCAAGCUGGGCGCGGAGGUGGAGGAGGGCCGCGACUACUGCAUCGUCACGCCGCCUCCGGGUGGUGUCAAGGGCGUCAAGGCCAACGUGGGCAUCGACACCUACGACGACCACCGCAUGGCCAUGGCCUUCUCGCUGGUGGCGGCCGCCGGCGUGCCCGUGGUCAUCCGCGAUCCCGGCUGCACGCGGAAGACCUUCCCCACCUACUUCAAGGUGUUCGAGAGCGUGGCGCAGCACUAGACGCAGCGUACCACUAUUGCGAGGCGGCGGUGGGGCUGGUAGCGGUGGUGGAGUGGUGGACUCGGUGGUGUGCAGCGACAUGCGCGCGACACGAGCGGUGGGAAGAGCGGCGCGUGGCACCUGGAGUGCGAUGGAGACGGGGGCAUGGUGGGAUGGCGGCACUACAUAAGCACAACACCACUUUGCAGCAGAGAACGUGCGUAUUUGCACUCUCUUAGGCGGGGUACCGCCGUGGGCGCGGGGAUAACGUUACGCAGCAGUCCUCGGCAGGGACAUGGCUGUGAGGGGGCGUGACCCCGACAUGUCACAGUGACCUAGGUAGAUGUAUUCCAUUUCAGCGCAAGUACGCGGGUAGGGCCCGACGCGCAAGUACUUGCGUAAGGCUGUGCGGUGUGCAGGGCGUGAGCCGGCGGGAGUGCUCUGGCCGGUGCCGGAAGCAGACGACAUGGCUUCACAGCCUGGCCUAUGUCGGCUUGCUAGUAUAGAUGAUAGUGUGUAUAUGGGGGGGGCAGCGAGAAGGGGGCAUGGGCGACGCGCAUGUGUCUCCCAAAGCGCUCGCACGGAGGGCAGCAAGCGGAGGUUGUCUGAGCUGAGCAGGGCUCAACGCAAGCCGCGAGGCAGCUGCCAGCUGGUGCACUGGCGCUGUAACGCGUUGAGGAG